AAUCACUCUGACCAACAGCCCCGCGCUGAGAGGACAUGGAGACGGUCUGCAGGAUCUGGAUCGACUGAACACUUUUUUCUUUUUCGGCUCCAGGAAAAGCCGACAUGGCGGAAUUACUGAUACCCGGAAUUUCUUCGGAUUAAUCCGGAUUGUAGCAGGACAUUGACUGCCAUGUAAAAGAGUCCAUUUCUGCAAACUUCUGUAUUUUUGUGAUCAUAUUUUCCCACUUUUUCUAAUAAUUUUUAUUUUUCAAACGACAAAAAGCGCUCAUUUUUUUCAACACAGAUGGCCAAGAAUUUUGGAGUUGAGUGUUUUCCAAGGAAUUACUGUGUUACUUUUACUUUGUGUGCUGUGAUUGUAGUGCUGGCUAUUUUAUGUAUACCUCAAUCCGUGCACGGCAACCAUGUGCCACAACCAGGCUCAAGAAACGCGAAUCCAACCAGAGGAAGAAAUAUAAGACCGGAAGUUCGAACGACGCCACAGCGCAGGCGUGGCUCUCCUCAGCAACAAGCACCAUCUCGUGCUGCAUCUAGUAGCAGGAGAUUUUCUGUGCAACAAAAUGCACGUGCUGCAACACAACAGAGAGCAUCUGCAUCUAGACGAACUAAUCAGCGAGGGGAGCCUAGCUCCCGGACAAGACAGGGUCAAAGAUCAAGAUCGUCAUCACGUGACAGUAGAAGAACACUCAAUGUACGCAACAUCAGCAACAGAGUGUCCUCUAGAGGGCGCCUGCGUCCCGGAAGUGAUACCAAUGGACGCGUUCGACCAAUGGAGAACGCGGAUGCAAAUAAACAGCUCAACAACCGAGGGAACCUUGACCUAUUCCCUUCGUCAAUCAAUCAAUUUAUCAAUAAACUAAAGGAAAGAAUUCCAAAUAUUGGACUCGGGCUCGGUGUUCAUAUUCAAGAUCCCGAGGGAAAUUCACAACGAUCAAGUUCGUCGACAUCAAGGUCAAGGUCGCGAAGUUCUUCUCGAUCCAGUUCCGGAUCAGUCAUGGACACCAUUAGUCAACUUGGAAGUUUAUUCAAUAGAAGACGCAACUCUCCCCCUUCCAAUCCAUCCCCUUCUUCAACAUCCUCACGAUCAAACUCUCAGUCUUCUAAUGAUAUUUCAGUGGGUUCAAAUGUCAGAGGUCAGGGAACAAUGGCAGACCAAUGGCAACCACCAUCACAGCCACCAAAUCGUCCAUCAUCACAAUUUUUGGCUUCCAACCAAUUACCACCAGAUAAUGUUGUCGUUCAAAAUGUGCAGGGUAACCCCGGUCUCUUUAACUCUGGUUUCCCGCAAGCACAACCAAAUUCAAUGAAUACUGUGAAUGUCAAUCCAAUUCCCCAACCAGUUGUACACCAACCACAGAUGGUGCCACAACCUUCAUUUGGGUUUCCGCAACAAAAUGUUGUCCAUCAACAGCCACCUACAUUUUCACUCCAACAGCAACAUCAGCAAAUUCAGCAUCAUCAGCAACACCAUCAUCAACAGUUACAGCAGCAACAACAACAUAUUCAACAAUUGCAACAGCUGCAUCAGCAACAGCAACUGGUAAACAAUCAAGUGAAUUCAUUCCGUUUAACGCCACCACAAGCACCAGUUCAAAGUAUGAUACCGCAACCGCAAAUCUCACCAAACGUUGUUGUGCAACAAGCUCCUCAACAAAUUCAAUCAUUCCUUGGUCAGCAGGUCAUUUCACCCUUUCAGCAAAAUCAACAACCAUUCCAACUUAAUGGUAAUCAAAAUAUGUUGAUGCAACAGCAAGCCAUUCAGUCCAGUGGAACUAUUGCUCAGCCGAUGCAGGUCCCUAUGACAAACACCAACACAUUCCAAUUGAUUGGAAAUCAGCAGAGUACGAAUGUCAAAAGACCUGUUUUACCGACACCGGCACCAGUAAUGACACAAGCUAUUCAAACUAACGGACAAACAAUUAUCAACGGCGCUGGAAGACCUUUCCAGUCACCACAGUCUGUAAUACAGAUGUCCUUCAAUCCUUCUCCGAGCCAAUCCCAGACAAUGAACGGGCAACAGAACCUUGGUUUAUCUGCAUCCCAAACACCAGGACAAUUUGUGAAUGCUCAAGGACAAAUAUUCAAUCUCCAACCGUCCAGUCAAAACACAUACCAGGUCAUCAACGGACAGCUGGUGCCUGUGCAGCAGUCUUUCCAAUUGUUUCCAACAGGUCAGACUGUUCCACCUGGAAGAUCACAACAGCAAGCAAUACCAAGCGGACAGGUUCAAAUGUCAGCGUUCGAAACAAACUUAGGAAAUGGAGUCCGAAGAGCCCAAAACCCACAGACACCGACAAGGGUUCCGUUUUCGUUUGGACUUUUUGCCAGCAAAUCAGGACCAAGCGCGAAAAUAUCAAACCUAACAUCCCAGGCCAAACAAUUAGUAGAACACAAUGCCCAGAUUGAGAUGCAGAAUCAAUUGCUUCAACAGUUAUUGAUUGAACAAGUUCUAAACAGUCAUGGUGUGAACACAACAAGUCUCCCUCCUACUGCUAAUCAGACUACCCCGUCCAACUCUUUCGCUAUUCCCAGCAAUACAAACAUACAACCAGCCGCUGUUGCAUUUAACUGGCGAGAGGGCACAGCUGUCAAUAAAUCAAACGAUGGAAUCAGGCGUGUGGUUCACGGUUCUCGGUCGCCGGGGGGAGUUAAAGUGAUCAGCCUUCGCGCCGCUAAUACCGUGAGCCCGUUCAAUAGGUCAGCCGUCGGGGUCACUCUCUCACCGUCAGUAAGCAGAACUGUCAAAAACUCGUCUCCGGCUGCUGUUAGGAUAGUCGCUAACAAAUCUUACGUCGUUAAACCAACGUAUGAUCCUGAAGUUUUGCCUCAGUAUAGAAAUUCCAAGAACGCCACUUUGCGAAGUAUGGAUAGAACCGAUAGGCUGAACACGACUGAUAUUCCUGAGGAGAUUGAAAUUAACGGAAUGUCUCUAGAUAGCCCUGCUGAUCGAAACGGAGUUGGUACUCCUCAUCCACUGGACAGUUAUGUACACGGUGUACACGGUCACAAUAACAUGGGAACUCGUCCAGUCACACCUGCAACAGCUUUCGGAAUGGGAUAUGGAACCCGAAAGAACGAAUCAUUGCAUAAAAUGGACAGGACAGAUCGUCUUAACACUACGGACAUUCCAGAGGAAAUAGAAGUGAAUGGACAAUCAUUGGACAGUCCCGCCGACAGAAACGGAAUGAAUAUUCACCAUCCUUUGGAUUAUUUGGUCCACGGUGUCUCUGCAAGUGGAGGAGCCGCCCAACACAAUGUUCAGGCAAGCUACAAUAGACCAGCACCACCGCCAGAGGAACCUGAGGAAAUGUUCUUUACUGCUUCUCAGCCCGGAUACAUUGACACAACGAUCGGACUUGGAACAAACGUGAUGGACAUGAAGCACUUCCGGGAUCCGUCUUUAUUUGACGCUGUGUCUCACCAAGCUUACGAAUUAAUGCACCACCUGCAGUUUUCGCUUUCAAGAAUUCCCUCUAAUGUACUUCAUGGAAUUCAGUACUGGAUGCCGAACAUUCCUUAUGACGUGUUUAUGUCCAUCAAGAACUCUGCGCCUAGGUUUUACCAAGGUUUCCAUGAUUCGGUAGGUAAUAUUCCUAUGUCAGUUGCGCAAGGUAUCAUUAACCUUGUAGACAUGAUUCGACAUUCGUCUGCCAAAACGACGAAACCCGUGAAAACCGUGGCGUCCAAAAUUGCUAAAGUCCUACAUGAUUCUUUCACGUCACCUAAACCUACAACAACUCAGAGUCUGUAUGAUUUCCGAAUAUUUGACAUGAUUCAGCUCACCACCACUCCGCCGAUGCCGAUAACCACACCAUCUCCUGUGCGACAUUCUGCAAAAACACUCGCGAAACUGAUGAAUCUGGUGAAACUUCUCGUUCAUGAACCAUCUACCACAACUACGACCGCUGCACCAACUUCACCCAAUCCAAUCACAGUAGCACCACAAACCAACACGACUACGCCUGUCUCUAAUACCACAAUGAACGCAAACACUAGUGCUCCUGUUUCUUCAAAUACAAAUGCUUUAAAUUCAACGACAGAGGUUCUUGCAAACAUCUCUGUGACGAAGGUUGAUAAAUCUCAGUCUGGGCAAACCAACAUCGAUAAAGUUUCUGUUACCGUAAAUAAAAAAAAAUCAGUGGUCUCCAAACCUUCUCCUGCAGGCAGUGUUGGACAAACACCACGAAAGACAUUGCCCCCGAAUCAAGCACAAAAUUUACAGCAGCAACAACAAAAGAGACUGCCACCAACUCCGCCACAAAAUGUGCAUCGACAACAACAACAAAAUAGAUUGCCUCCGACUGCACCACACAAUUCGCAACAACAACAACAAAAUAGAUUGCCUCCGACUCCACCACAAAAUUCGCAACAGCAGCAACAAAAUAACAGACAACAACAAGAAAGACAAGAACGAGAGCGACUUCAGAGGCAACAAAUGGAAAGAGAAAGACAGGGAUUCCAGAACCGACGUCUUCCACCGACGCCACCGCAAGGACAGCAAGAGAUUCGACAAUCAUCAAACGCUGGUCCGGGGAUCCGUCUACCUCCCACUCUCCCUCAGGACCAACCUCAGAACGAGGGUGGAUUUCACCAAAAUUUCGGUCAUCAAAACACAGGAAAUGCACGGCGAGGUGAAACGCAUUUGAAUCAAGUGGUGCAACCCCGGAUUCAAAAACCUCCAAAACCAGCUCAGAGACCUCAGUCAACGUCGGAAAGAAGUCAUCCCAAUACUGUAAGAAAACAUGGAAUCUUUGAGAUACAAAAUCUCAAGCCAAAUAAUGUGCCCACACAGAAUAUUGGGAAGAAUUCUAAUUUAAAUGGUAGGGGAAUGAACUCUAAACCAAAAUUAACAACAGAUUAUCCAACUCAAGUUCCCCCGAAACUCAUUCCCGAUAACAAUAACUACCCCACACAGGUGCCUCCGAAAAUCCAUCAUUUCGAUAAUAAAAUAGGAUUCCGUCACGAGAGAAUAGCAACUCCGCCGGUUUAUCAGCAUCCACCGAUAGUGACAGAGGCUUACAACACUCGACCCCAUUAUCAACAACCCUAUCCCACAAUGCCGUCCUAUCAACCGCAGCCAAUCACAACAACGGUUCCAAGUGUAAUAUCGACGGCGCCUUACUAUGACAGUUUUCAACAACGUCCGCGUCAACACCAACAACAACAACAACAGCAGGUUGAUUACUAUCAGCCCAACGCUCAACAGAAUUCCCCGGAUUACAAUUACCAGAAUUCAUUCUACGGUGAUGGAGUAACAAACCCCACUGCAACAGAAGGGUUUGGCUUCAGUGCGCAAGCGCAGAAUUCUAGACGCCAGCCAAUCGAAAACACGAUACAAUACAAAGAAUUUAGUAAUGCUCAUCGUAAAGGCUUCAGUAUAUCCGAAGUAUUUGGUAAAAAGAAGUGAUCACGCAUGGAGAAUGAACAUAUUGUUAUUUUAGUUAGAGAAGCUCACGAAAAAAGAGUUUUCUGUUUAGUUUAAUUUAUUGAACUCGCGUGAGAGGGAUAGAAGCGCUUUAAAUUCUAUCACGUGUGCUAAACAGAGAUUGUGAUUGGAUGGGUAAAAACUUUAAUAUUCUGCGUUAGAUCUACAGAAGAGCAAUAAGUUGUGCAACGAGAAAAUUUUAAAACUCACAAACAAUUUAGCAUGUACAUAAUUAUUUUCUCUUCUUAAAAUGUAUAUCCAACACACGAAAAAAGAUACUAUGAAAGUCUUUGGUUUAAUUUCAUUUUUGCUUAAUUUCAUUAUCCCACAUUCUCGUUAUCAACUUACUAAUUUCUUGCACUUUUUAAAAAAAACUCCCUCAUGUCACAAUAUCAGACAUUUCCAUUUUGCCAAUUUCUCGUAUUUUUAAACAAACGAAAUAGAUCCUUUACAAUCAUCAAAAUUAAGGCAAUAGAUGUACAAGUAUACAUCUUCAGUUAAUGCAAAGAAACUGAAAAUCUUACGGCAAGAAAUGACAAGUUGAAAUGUGAUGAUGACGUUUCUAUUAGUUACCUAGAUUUGUUAUACUGCCUUUGUAUGCCUGUAAUUUAUUAUGCCAAUUGUUUCUUGAAACUUUUAUACAAGGAUAUAUAAAGUAUGUUUAACCAGA